CAACCAGCAUCUCCACCAACACAAGCCAGCAACAUGGACCGCGAUGAGGAUGUUGUGGAUGUCGAGGAGGAGGAGGAGGAUGAUGAUCUGAUGGAGGAUGUCGAAGAUGCAGAGGGUGAGGAAGACAGCACAGAAGACAAGGAGGGAGACGAUGACGCGGAAAAAUCAGAGCAGGAAGAAGAGGAGGAAGACGAGGAAGAAGAGGAAGAGCCGAUGCCCAAGUCACUGACAAAGGACGACAUCAGCAAGCGCCUCGGCAUGAUCUCACGGAUUGGGUCUGGGCUGGAGUAUGCCUUUGUCUCGCUCGCCCUCAAAGACUGUGCGCUGACGGACAUUGAGGCCAUCAAAGACUACACCCACCUUCAAUACGUGGAUGUCAGCCAGAACCACUUGCAAGACGUGUCGCCGUUACAGUCGCUGCCUGAACUGCUGGCGCUCGAUUUGUCAAUGAACCGGCUCAAGACAUUCAACCUCACACAGAUGCCGUAUCUGCAGCGCCUCAACCUCGCCGGCAACAAGCUACGGGAUGUGCAGGGCGUGGCGCAGCCACUGCUGACGGUGCUCAACUUGGCCGACAACCGCAUCAAAUCGAUUGAGGCCUUUGCCGCAUGCCCCAUGCCACACCUCCGCGAACUCAACCUCAGCGGCACCCGGCUGAAGAGCCUCCGGGGCCUGUCCCUGCCGUCGUUGAAGGUGCUCAAUGUUUCCGAGACGCCGCUUGUCUCGCUCGUCGGCGUCAGCGACUGCCCCGCGCUCCAGUCCAUCAUCGCCACGGGCGCCGCCAUCCAGCGGCUGGACGGCUUUGAAAACACGUUGAAGGACCUGGCCACCAUCGACCUCGCCGGGACGCAAGUUGCAAGCAUCCCUGAGUUGGCCAAGCUGUCGUGUCUCCCAUCCCUCGCUCGCCUCAACCUCGCCGACUCGCCAAUGUCGACGCAGGCGGAGUACCGUGUGGAGGCGCUGGUGCGCAUCCCGACGCUGGCGGCGCUGGACGACGAGGAAUACGAGCCCGCGGAGAUGGAGGAGGCAGAGGAGGUGCGGCGGACGCGGAAGGAGCAAGAGAAGGAGCUGGCAGGAGAGGCCGACGAUGGUGAUGGUGACGGUGACGGGGAUGGCGAUGGCGAUGAGGCGCCGCAGUCGUGAGAGGCACGCCAUCCAUCCCUUCGUCGUCGUCGUCGUCGUCGUGUGUUCCUUGCUUCCUUGCUUCCCAUUUUCCUUCUUGCUGCCAUCUUUGUGUUAGAGCAAAAGAAGUCAAGUCAUUCACAAACAACAGCAAGGAACAACAACAGCAAAACGACAACACACAAGCA